AUGAUGCAUGCCCUGAAAAGGUUUCUGCUUUUUCAUCUUCUGGCGUGUCUUGGACUUCACGCACUUGGGAGUGAAAUCAUACACGGUAGAAAGGUCCCGGAGAAUGAAAUGACGUACAUGGCCUCGGUGCAGAACAAGGCAGGUGAUCAUGUAUGUGGAGGAUUCCUCAUCAAUGAAGACUUUGUGGUCACUGCUGCACAUUGUGUUGACGCGAAUCCUACAAGUGUCGUUCUUGGUACCCACAAUCUCAAGAAGGCUGAUCACAAAAUGAGAUACAAAGUAAAGACGUGCAAGUUUCCAUCUUAUGUGAAUAUCACAAAGGGGUGUGACAUCAUGCUCCUCAAACUAUCUCGGAAAGCUCGACUGAACAGAAGAUUAAAACGUAUUGAUCUUCCGAAGACCAAGAUUGAGAUAAAAGACAAGCGACAGUGCCGUGUAGCUGGAUGGGGUUUAACAAGUGACGGUAAAUCUGUUGACGAGCUGCAAAUGGUGGAUGUGCCUGUCGUUAACCCUAAGGACUGUAAGAAACAAUGGCCGGAUCUUCCUCUCAAUGUCAUCUGUGCAGGUGGAUAUCCCACAAACAAAGGAUUCUGUCAGGGUGAUUCUGGUGGCCCUCUGGUGUGCAACGGGAAGGCAGUUGGUGUUGUGUCUUACAACAAGGGAAACUGUGACUACCCAGAUGUACCCAACGUCUAUACAAAUAUAUCAAAAUACCUUCCCUGGAUCAGAAAAAUUCUCAAAAAAAAGAAUUGUUAA